AUGGGUAGUACUGCUGCAAGACCAAACUUCCUCGUCAUUGUUGCCGAUGAUCUCGGCUUCAGUGAUAUCUCUCCAUACGGAGGAGAGAUCCGGACUCCUUCCCUUGCAAGAUUGGCAAAGGAGGGAAUACGGAUGACCAACUUCCAUACUGCGUCUGCUUGCUCUCCAACUCGAUCUAUGCUGUUCUCAGGGACUGACAAUCACAUUGCUGGGCUGGGCCAAAUGGCAGAAUUCAUGCGAUCAUUCGGUGACUACUUCGAAGACAAACCAGGCUACGAGGGUUACCUGAACUGGCGUGUAGCAGCAUUGUCAGAGAUCCUACAAGACUCGGGAUAUCACACAAUGAUGUCCGGAAAAUGGCAUCUUGGGUUGACAAAGGAGCUUGCACCCUGCUCAAGAGGAUUUGACAAAAAUUUCUCUCUACUCCCAGGCGCCAGCAACCAUUACAAUUACGAGCCGCAGUUGGAUGAUGGAGAGUUCAAAGCUCCCUGUUUGAAUACAGAUGGGUUUUGGAUGGAGGGUAGCGAGAAGUUAAAUCGGUCAAACGAUCUUCCUGCGGAUUUCUAUUCCACCAAAACAUUCACGGAUAAGAUGCUGGGAUUUCUGAAGGGCCGCACGGAAGAAGAAUCACAAAAGCCCUUCUUCGCUUAA